AUGAUUAUUCCUCGUCUUUUUGGCCUAUUGGCCGCCACUGCUGGCGUCGCCAAGGCCGUCAAUAUCACCGGUUACGAGUAUGUCGUGGUUGGUUCCGGUGCUGGUGGUGGUCCACUGGCAGCUCGCCUCGCUCUGGCUGGCCACAAGACUUUGCUGCUUGAAGCCGGUGAUGACCAGGGUGAAACCUUCAACUAUACCAUCCCUGCCUACUCGGCCAGAGCCUCUGAGGAUGAGAAGCUCGCAUGGAACUUCUUCGUUCACCACUAUGCUGAUGAUGAGCGCCAGGCUCGUGAUUUCAAGACUACCUACGAAACGCCCAGUGGCGAACUAUAUACUGGUCUGAACCCUCCUGAAGGCUCGACACUGAUGGGAACACUCUACCCUCGUACUGGUACCCUCGGAGGAUGUACUGCCCACAACGCUUUGAUUGCUGUCUACCCCCACCACUCCGACUUUGAAUACAUCUCAACCUUGACUGGCGACAGCUCUUGGUCGCCUGACAAUAUGCGCAAGUACUUUGCCAAACUGGAGAGGAACCACUACCUGCUCCCCGGAAUGGAGGGUCAUGGUUAUGAUGGAUGGCUCCAGACCGAGACCGCUCCCCUGAGCAUUGUCCUCGAGGACCCACAACUUCUCAGCAUGCUUACCGGUGGUGCCUUUGCUCUUGGUAACCUGACUGACAAUGUCAUCAACAUUGCCACCCUGCUGGCUGGCGAUGCUAAUGCUGAUACGACUACCCGUGAUACUGUUUCUGGCUACUAUCAAAUCCCCAUCUCGACCGAUGACGCUCACCGUAAUGGUGCUCGUGAAUUCAUUAUCGCCGUGCGGGAUGCUAAGAACACCGACGGCACCAAGAAGUACCCUCUUGAUGUUCGCAUGAACACCCAUGUUACCAAGGUGACUUUCGAUGAGACUGUUGACCCGCCUCGUGCUACUGGUGUCGAGUUCCUCGAUGGCCAGCAUCUUUACAAGGCUAGCCCCUUGUCAAAGACCGCCUCUGCCGGUAUUCCUGGCUCCGCUACUGCUUCCCGUGAGGUUAUCGUUGCCGGCGGUGUUUACAACUCGCCCCAAAUCCUCAAGCUGAGUGGUAUCGGUCCCGCCGACGAGCUGAACAAGUUUGGCAUCAAGGUCAUCAAGGAUCUCCCCGGUGUCGGUACCAACCUCCAGGACCACUACGAAAUCUCCGUACAGGGCAAGAUCGAGGAGGACUUCUCCUGCUUGAACGGCUGCACCUUUAGCAUCCACGAUGAGGCUGACCCCUGCAUUAACCGAUGGGAGACUCCUAUCCUGGGUGACCGCGGUAUUUACUCGUCCCCCGGUCUCGCUGCAACUAUGCUGUACAAGAGCUCCGUGACUGCCGAUGAUAGCUUCGACAUCUUCUGCUUCGGUGGCCCGGUCAACUUCCGUGGCUACUUCCCCGACUACAGCAUCAACGCCACCGAUGAACACAACUGGUUCACCUGGGCUAUCCUGAAGGCUCACCCCCGCAACACCGCCGGUACCGUGGCCCUGCAGUCCGCCAAUCCCCUCGACGUCCCCAAAAUUACUUUCAACUACUUCGACACCGGUGUUGGCGACUAUGAUGCCGAUCUCACUGCCCUCUACGAAGCCAUCGACCUUGCCCGUGACGCCUUCAAGCGCCAACUCGUCAAUGUCACCGAGGUUCUCCCUGGUGCUGCCGUCACUUCCAAGGAAGACAUCGAGAACUACGUCAAGGACGCCGCGUGGGGCCACCACGCCUCUUGCACUUGUCCCAUCGGUGCUGAUGACGACCCCAUGGCCGUGUUGGAUUCCAAGUUCCGUGUCCGUGGCGUCUCUGGUCUCCGUGUCGUUGAUGCUUCCGUUUACCCCAAGAUCCCGGGUACUUUCACGGCUGUGUCUACCUACAUGGUAGCUGAGAAGGCGGCUGAUGAGAUUCUAAGCGAGCUUGCUGCUAGCUCUUGA